AUGGAUGAUUCUCAUAUCAAUAACCCUCCUGAAUCAAUCCAGACCGAUGAGACUUGUUCAAUCUGUUUGGAAGACAAGCCGAAUAAUCAAUUUUUCAAGAUUGACGAAUGCUCGCACCGAUAUUGUGUUUUUUGUAUGGAGCAACAUGCAAGAACUAAGUUACGAAAAGGGAUUAUACCAAAAUGUCCUCAUGAAAAUUGCGACACAAAACUGAAAAUCGAAAGCUGCCAAGUAUUCUUAUCUCCUAAUUUGGUGGAGUUAAUGCGCCUAUUGAUAAAGAAACAUACAAUUCCAAAACUUGAUCGAGUUUAUUGCCCUUUCCCCGAUUGCGUAGAGGUGAUGUCAAUAUCGGAGUGUUUGGAGAAUAUGGGACAGGGAUAUUGGUUUAGAUUCGGAUCAAAUUCAGAAUUAGAAUAUCAAGAGGCAGAGGAGUUCGAAGUGGAAGCGAUAGAGUAUAAUGAAGAGUUUUCUGAAAAUGAAAUGGAGUACUCCGACGAUACAGAUUGA